CCACCGCGCAGGCAAGGAGAGGACCAGGGUACUCAAGCGCCUUCGCACAGAGAGAGACGCCUGACUGCUGCGGAGAGCAUCUUCGAUCCACUCCAUACAUAGACGACGAGUACAGAACCAAACGCUGAUUUCAAUAACACGUUAACCGCCGAAUAACAGGUAUGGAGAGCCUGUUAGAUAAUCCAAUGAAAGCUGUCCUCUAUCUGAAAGAAUUGACGACCAUCGUUCAGAACCAGCAGAGUUUGAUCCAGACGCAGAGGCAGCGGAUAGACGAGCUGGAACGGAAGGUGGAAGAGCUAAUUGGCGAGAACCGACAGCUGAAGGACCCGCACCCGGCGCAUCACUACCACCACCACCAUCACCCUUCCCCGCCCAGCUCCAGCCCGCAGCCGCCUGUCCUCCCCCAUCAGCAUCCCGCGAAUAAAACCGCGACCCUGCCAGGUCAUCCUCCGCUGCAGGUGAAAAAUCUUCCGACACAGCCACAGCAACCGCCGCCUCCACCACCGACCCAUCAGCCACAGCAACUGCAGCUGGUGCCCACCUCUCCUCAGUCACCACAGCCGGGGAAGUCCAGUCCCGAGUCGGCCGAGGACGACAAAAAGAGCCCAAGCUGCAAGUCUCUGGUACCACAGACACCAACGACGCUCUGUAGGUCGGUGGGACUUGCCCGGAAAGCAGAGAACCAGACGGUCCUCCACCAGUUCUGCUGCCCUGCCCCAGAAGCCCCUGAAGGGGACUCCUCCAGCUGUUCCACAAGCGAAGCCCCCCCGCCAGGCGAGGGCAAGGGGAACGCGCAGGAUGGAGUGGAGGAGGAGGAGAGGAACAAGGGGCCUGGGACCUGCUCGCACUCCUCCGCCUCCGACUACGAGCUCUCGCUCGACCUCAAAAACAAGCAGGUAGGGGCUCUGCUGGAGGGCCACAGGGGUCACAUCGCUCGCGAGUGGCGUAUUCGAGGAGAAAAUUUUCUCAGGAACACAGCGUGA